GAUUCGCCUGCUUGAUCGCCCCCUUAUCUCACAUCGCGCACGCAGCACAUAUUAUGGCUAGUCUCCGCCUUGCAAUCAAGGCAUCGCUUGAGCAAUCACAGCCCCCCGCGCUCCCACAGCAAACAACUCGCAAGCGCGGCAAAGGACCGCCAUCGAAGAAGAGCAAAGCCACCGCCGCGGGCCCGCCGUCGUGGACUCGCGGCGACGUACAGCUGCGGCCGACCCGGGCUACGCUGCGGGGGCUGAACGUGCAGCGCCCCUGGGCGCCGAUGCUGCUCGACGGCUCAAAAGUGAUCGAAACGCGAACUUAUGACAUCGACAAACAAAAAUGCUUUGCUAAUGAGUGGUUCUGGGUUGUCGAGACGCCGGGCAAAAAGCGGCAGCGGGGCCAGCGGGCGCACAUCACCGGCUGUAUUAAAUUUUCGAGCGAGUCGGUGCGCUACACGUCGCUUGCACAGUGGCGCGCGGACGAAGAUAAGCACCGCAUUCCGGCCGGGUCGGAAUACGACUGGAACGGACGCGGCGCCAUGUACGGUUGGCGAGUCGAGGGCGCCUACGCGCUGCGCAGUCCCCUCCCGAGGCCCGAUCCGAAGGGCGUCAUUAACUCCAAGCCCGUCACGCGGACCGUGCCGCGGGGCGGGUGGCUCGCCUGAGUAAGCUUCUACUACAUGAGUUUAAAGUUCGGCG